AUGUCACCCGCCUGGAUCGAGGACGGCUGCUACGUCAGUGAGACCAACUCCACACACACAGUCUGCUCCUGUCUACACCUCUCCACCUUCGCCCUGAUCAUGCAGACAGCCGACACAUUCCUGAAUGAUCCAAUCUUGGAUGUUCUGAACACCAUCUUGGUGCUGAUUGGCCUGGUGUUCCUGGCCCUGGCUGUGAUGACCUUUGCCCUCUGUCGCUGGAACCCCAGGGUGUCCAACGUGGCUCGUCUGAACCUGUGUGUGUGUCUGCUGCUGGCUCAACCCCUCUUCCUGCUCACACAGAGCUUCCUCCACCUCAUCUGGUCCCAUGAGGUGUUGUGUAAGCUGCUUUCAGGAGUCCUGCAUUUUCUCUUCCUGUGCUGUUUCGUGUGGAUGUCCAUAGAGGCUGUGCUGCUCUUCCUGUCUGUACGGAAGCUCAAGCAGAUCAAACCUAACGAGCGGGCGGGGCCACACUUUGCAUCUCUCUUCCUGAUUGGCUAUGGGGUUCCCCUGCUCAUUGUGGCUGUGUCUGCAGGUGUAAUGCCAGAGGGAUAUGGAAGCAUGCAGUGUUGGCUGAGCACUAAGGCAGGCUUCAUCUGGAGUUUCCUUGGACCUGUGGCCUUCAUUCUCACCGGAAAUAUCGUGCUCUUCUUUGUCAUCGUCCUCAUCCUGUUCUUCACUCUCAGGGGGGCGCAGAGUGCGGUGUCAAAGGUCAAAUACAACAGGUGA